GAUCUUUCUUCCAUCUUUCCCCAUUAAAAAAAAGUAAAACUUUGGAGGAACCCAUUUCAAGUUUCUCCUCUACCUAUAAUGGGUAGUUAAUGCUUCACCUGUUUAGUACCUGAUUCAAUCUACUCCCUUCCGAAAUUCCUCUCUUUCUGUGUUCCUUCUUCUGGGUAGUGAUCAAUCAUGGCGGGAAUGUUGCCCGGCGUGGAAUGCGCUCGGAGAAGACGGCUCCGCCCAACCGGCGGCGAUUCUCCCGGCGGAUCUCGGAGGUCCUCGCUCGGUUUGUACGCCACCAACUACGAAGCCUCUUACUCUUCUUUCACUUCAUCGCAGAGAAGCGUGCAGAUUGAGACCAAAGAGGAUGAGAAGCUGGGAGGAGUAGCCAGAGAAGCCAAGGAGAGACUGGACGAGAGGCUUAGAUUGCAGAGGAAAUCGUCGGAUUCCAAAAGGCAAAACGUGGAUUCGGGAACUAAAUCGUCGAGAUUUGGGAAACUUAGGAUGAUUGUGGCUAAUUGGCGCCCGUCGUGUGAGGGAACGUACGCGUGAAGGCGGAGUGGCAGUGGUCCGGCGAGUCGGGAGGGCGGUGGUUCCGUGGUGGUGAUCGUCAGUGCGGAAAUGGGUGAAAGGAGGCGGGAGGAUAUCGGACGGCGAUCGAUGGCGGCAGUUAGUUUUUUUCCCCACCGGUUAACGGCGGUAAGCUAUCGUCGGACCGACUUGAGAUUACAAUGCUCAAAAGCCCAAUGGGCCAGUUCGCUUGCCAUCUCUUGCGAGCCUACCAACCCGCUUGUGGACCACCGAAAGCCCAACCCAUGAAUUUUAAUCAUAUUUAUCAAUUGAGGUGCAUGGUGAUUAGGAUGUGGUCAAUUGUUUGUUAUCUCGUGGAAGUAGGGAGGCGUAAACAAUGCAACAGUAUGAUAUGAGAUACUGAUUGAUCUCUAGUUUGGUCCACAUAUGCUUCACUUGUUUGGUUGUGCAUUAUAUGGUUACUUGGGAGAUCAAUAAAUAACCAACCACUCCUUCGUA